AUGUUUACCUAUUCAUCCUCAGGCUUCUUUUCAUCUUUACUUUCUUCCACUUUCUCUUCUUCUUUUUUUUCUCCCUCCUGGCUAUCACCAUUUACCUCUACAUUUUUUAAGUUCUCAUCAACACUCUUCACCUCACUACCUGGUUUUCGCCUUUUUCCUCAUUUUCAGACUCACCCAAAUCGUCAUCAUCAUCACUUUUUGAACAGUCUAGAUUCAAAGAUCCAGCAACAGAAAAAGCGAUGAACAUGUUAGAAAUAUUCUGGGCACAAAUAAUAACAUAUAAAGAAAGCCUUGUUUGAAUGAGCAAAGAGAAAGAAUCUGCGUUAACCACUCAAGAAAGAAAAUUAAAAUAUAUAUGAGACAUAACAGGAGGAGAGAGGUAAAAAAGGUGAAGUUCUGUUGUAUUGAAUAUUUCACAACAUGACCGUAGAAAUAUGAUAUUUUGAAAUAAUACCCAAAGAUUAUAGAAUUGUGAAUUUCACACCAAUAUGACAUUCAAACAGUAAACACAAGUAUAGGUUAAAAGUUAGAUAAUAAAUUAAUAUACUAUACAUUAGGCAGAAGAUCGAAGAAAAAAUGUUUGGCUCAAGAUUCAAAUUUGAUAAGAAGUAGAUGUUUCAAGGUGUUAUAAACAUUUGCCCUCUUAAAAAAAGCUACACUGGUACAUAGACCUAUGUUUCGAUACAAAAAUCAAGGCUUGACAUUAUGAACACUGUCUCUGAAAAUAAGUUUAUCCCUAAGGUAGAAGCUAGAAAUAAUCUUGUAAAUGAGAACUGCCAUAUUGAAAUUAAAUGGAAUAGAGGACUCAUGUUUAGCCAUCCAAGAUCGUGAAGCUUAUCCGAGAUAUUAAGAAAUAUCCUUAAGUGAUAUAUAAAAGGAAUGCAGGAGUUUUGGAUCUUUUGUAUGCACCUUUGACUGGCCAGAUCCAAACAUGGGUUAGGAACAACUUGAGUCCAUUAAGAAAAUUCUAUAUCCUUAUAAUUAUUUAUUUGUUUGAAAAUCCUCUUUGUAUGAAAAUAUGGAGUAUUGUUCUGUUUCUCAUUAUAAUUACUCUUGCAUGGAGUUACUGAGCUAGCUAAUGAUGACACUGAUAAACAGUGCUUUGACUAGGAGAAAAUUCUUAGCUGAAUAUUUCUAUGCAUUUUUUUAAAUAUUAUCAACAUAUUUUGAAUUGACCACACAAAUUUUUAUAUGUACUUUCAUUGCACUCACUCAUUUCAUACAAA